AUGUCUACUCUAGAAAACCAUAGGGCCAGUUGUCCAUCCAUUUUUCAAAUAGCAAUGGUUAUUCCAACGUACAGAGUUAGUGUUAUCGGUGAUUGUCUAAUAUGUGGUGAACCAAGCACUGGAAAACACUACGGUAUUGUCGCCUGUUUAGGAUGUAAGACAUUUUUUCGAAGGGCUGUUGUACAACGUCAAGACACACUAUGUAAACGAGAAACUCCAUGUGAUGUAACGCAUGCCGCCCGUAAAGCGUGUCGAGCCUGCCGCUACAAAAAAUGCCUUGGAUGUGGCAUGAGCCGAGAAGCUCUUCAACCGCGUCGGGAUUUGAUCGGUUGUCGACGCAUGAGAACUCAUCCUCCCCAGCACACUCUCUCACCGAAGGAGCAUCAGCUCACCGCGAAUGCAAUCAAAGAUUAUCAUCUACUACUCAUUGGCCGGCUUACGGAAAUUGAUCAGCGGAUUAGACGGAGAAAGUUCGAGCUUUUGCGUUCUAAGAAGGCGGCUAUGAAUUUAGCGGAAGUGAUUCGAGCCGGAAUUUUUCAAGUAAAAAGUGGAAGGGUUUUCCCAAAUUUUCAUAAUUUUCCAAUGUUUAAGAAGGACAGCAACGACAAAUUAAUGAUUAUGUUGGCAAAAGACGUUUCAAAUGUUACACAGACGGAUUUAUUGAUGUUGCUCGAAUGGGUUAGAACAUUGCCAUGCUUCCCACCAUUACCAAUCGACGACAAGGUGACACUUCUCAAGCGUUUUGCUGUACAUCACCUCGUACUCGAACACGGUUUCUUUACUGCUAGUACAAAUAUGGAAGAUGUGUGGUUAAUCGAGAACGGUACGUGCAUGCCGAGAAACGUUGAAGUUCUUCCAGAAGAAUGCAGAUCAUCGAUUUCACCAGAUCGACGAUGGAGGCAGGAGAAGCUCUACAAGCACAUGACGGACACGUGUAUCGAUGAGGUAGUCACUCCACUAAGACAUCUUCAGCUGUUACCACAAGAGUUAGUGGUGCUCAAGAUCAUUAUGCUGUUCAACUGCGGAAAUCAUACGGCAAUUUCUGACGCAUCGCGUAAGGCAGUGCUCACUUUUCGCGACGAAGUAAUUUCAGCACUAUUCCAGUACUAUCGGCACAUCUGCUGUGAAAACUAUCCGGAGCGUUUCGGGAACGUAAUCCUCAUGAUAUCUGGUGUGGCAUCAGCGGCAUCCGCAAUGCUUGAAAGCUAUCAGGUGAGUCCUCAAUUGUAA